AUGCACGGCCUCCUCAUCACCAUCUGCCUUUUUUCAGCUCUUCUAGCUCCAGUGCACUCAAAAACAUGUGCUAAAUGUUUUGCACCCGAUCAGAACGAAUGCGUUGGAGAGAAAACGUCAUGUGUCACCGAAGAUCAAGUUUGCAUUUCAGUCUAUCAAGAGAUAACAACUGCAGAUUCUUCAACUCAAAUUAAGUUUGCCAGAGGAUGCGGUAAAAAGAGUGAAUGUGAUAUAUCUGGAUCAUAUUCGUAUCUUCAUGAAAAGGUUAGAGUGAGCACUACCUGCUGUCCUACUGACGGAUGCACACCUAAAUUCCCUGAAUUGGCACCAGCAGGGAGUUCUCAAAAAAAUGGAGUUUCCUGCCCAUUUUGUGUAAGUGAAGACUCGGACUGUAGCUCUGAUAUAACCUGGGACUGCACUGGGAACGAAGAUCGUUGCUUCCUUGCAAAACACACUACAACAGGUAUACAUGUUACACAGAUUGCAUGGGGAAUUAAAUCAAGCUUUGACUGA